UCUACAGUAGUCCUUACCUAGGCUAAUUCAUGCUGUCCAGACGCAGUUUCAUUUAGAAAUAAUAGUGCAGGCCUACUUUUCAUCUCCACGUUGACAUUUCUUAUAGCAAGCCAUCGACCUCAAAGACCUCAACCGGGCUCGCAGUGAAACGUUCUCACCUCGCUUUCUAUCCCGCAUUGACAGCGGGGUUACGCAUAGACUCGUCGUGCGCUUUGUGUCUGCGCUGACAACUGUGCUAAGGGAACCACCGUUUCUUCAUACCAAUCGUUUAGUGUAAUGUUAUGAAAUCAACAUAGCGAGAAGGAAGGACUUUCACCUCUUUCUUUUUUUUGUAAGCGGAGGUGUGCUUUUUUGGGGCGGAGAAAUGAAGAAUCAACUCCCUUCAAUAGUCCUGACAUGUUGGGUGUUUUUAGAGUUUGUGGAUGCCAAGAAGUACUGCUGGUAUUUCGAGGGAGGAUACCCAAUCUACUUCAUAUGUCGUUCCUACGAGGACUGCUGUGGCACUCGUUGCUGCGUGAGGGCCCUGUCCAUCCAGAGGCUGUGGUACUUCUGGCUGCUGUUGAUGAUGGGGGUGCUGUUUUGCUGUGGGGCGGGCUUCUUCAUCCGGAGACGCAUGUACCCCUCCCCCCUCAGCGAGGACCCCGCCUUCAAUGUCUCCUUCACCAGGCAGCCGGUCACCACGCCAGUUUCCCAGCAACCGAGCAUGCUGGGCUACGACCCCCCCCUGACACCCGCCUUCCCCAUCCCACCCGGCCCCGCCCACAUGAUGACGUCAUAUCCCCCGCCCCCCACCUACUGCAACCACCCACCCCCACCCUACGAACAGGUGUUCAACAGUGCCGACAAGAGGUAACCGUAGAAACAACGACAAAGAUGGCAGCGUGGCAGAGAGACGGCGGCGGUGGCGGCGUUGUCCACAGCGUGAUCUCCACCAUCCCUGGAUCUGCUUCCUGGUGAUGUCAUCAGUAAAGGUGGUGUGUGAUUGGUUAGAGCUGUCUGUCCGUGUGACUUCUAAGGACCUCCAUGAGGUCAGAAAACUCCAAGCCCCCAGGCUGCAGCUGGGGACACGCCGCUACCUGUGGACCUGUAACCAUGGAGACUGGACUGGACCAGACUAUUCUGGGCUUCCCAGGUCUUUCCUAAGGUGUAGAUAGACUGUAGACAGGUUAAAUCAACUUUAACCUGUCUACAGGUUAAUUGAAACAAAAGGUUUUAUGAAAACGUUUUGGAUUUUUCAUCUCUCAUCUAUCCCUUGCUCUCCAGGUCAGUGUCCUGAUGUACAGUCCCUGGUUCAGUCAGUUCUGCUUCAGAUAACCAUCGCUGACAAUAGCAUGUAGAAAGAGGGGCACCGCCCCUCAACACCUCUCAAGUCCUGGCAUAGCUCAACUCAUGCACUCCCACAGCACAGCUGUAAAUCAGACAUGGCCCAAAACUGUAUUUCUUGGUGUUGGUAUUUGUCAUUAUUUAUAUGUAUGGUUAUUAUUGGCUAAAUGGGAGUCCAUGUCGCUCACACGCUCCACUCCUCACUGGGUUCUACUGUACUCUACUGUACACUACUGUACUCUACUCCCAGCGAAAGGUGAUGACUAUCAACAAGAACCCUCCAGCUAUUUUUCUUUGAGAUAACAAAGGUGGAGGUUUUGAAAAAAGUUGUUUACACAUACACACACUCCCAGUUUGAAUGACAACGACUGACAAAGGUGAUGUUUUUGAGAGCAGAUGGAGAACGCCUGCUCUCUCAUGGAGUACUCAGACUUAACUAGAGUACCUCCUGUAGAUGCUGAGCUGCAGUCAGACCACAGCACAGCAAUAUCUAUAUGAUACUGGUGGUAGCUGCCAAACAUUAGCCAUGUUCUGUACAUAGCCGACUUUAGUUAUAAUAAGGGGAUAAGGGAAUCAUCUUCAAAUGAAAAACUUAACAAUUUCAGGGUUCACUGUCCAUAUUCUGCAAGCCACCAGCCAGACAGGUUGUUUUUGUAGUGAUGUUAGAGCAUUUAAAAUAAGUCAGAUUUCAUUCUAUGACGCCAAUGUUCUAGUUUUUGGAUUCAUAACAAUCGGACGAUAAUAUGAGCAGUUUUGUUUGAUCAUCUUAACUAUGCAACUGAGAGAUGGUUACAGACACUUAUAGUUACAUAUAUGCUUUAAUCUUUGUUGUCUCCAUUGUGUUUAUAAAAAAAAAAAGUCCUACAGUACGUCCCUGAGAAAUGUGAUUAAAGCUCUCUUUU